AUGGCCGGCAAGCUGGUCCUGCCGGCGCACCGCAAAGACCUCGAGACGCCCCUUCGCCUCGCGCCUUGGGUCCAUGUACCGGAGGAUCCCAAGCUCGUCCGGCCCUGCAGCGUCUCCACACGGUCCGAAUCCGCCUGCGAGCUGCUUACCGCCCUCUUCCUCGCCCGCAAGGCAGAAGAGAUGCACAACUGUCCCACAGCCGACAUCAUACUCUCAUCCCGGGACUAG